AUGCUUGGGGUGCUUGGGUUGCUGGGGGUGUCUCUGAAGCUCAACACCACCAGCUACCUCAUCUGGGCGUUUGCGCAGACAGUGUCCAAGACGCUCUAUUUCCACGGCAUGAACCAGGGCGGCUACGCGGUGGACUUUGCAUGCUAUCAGGUGCCUCAGCCCCUGUGGGGAGGUGGGCCCGACUACAGUGAUGACUCCGAUGCUGACAAGGACUACUCGAGCCCCUGGCAGGGCGCCAGUCUCCCCACCGACGCUGCUGCUGACGGUGCUGCUGGUGGCCUUACUGCAACGCUUGUUGACCAGGGGUCAAUUGAAGGAGGAAAGCUCUUUUUUGGCGGCACGGAAACGUUGAAGCCUGCGGCCGCGCCGGCGCCGCGGGCGCAGGGGAGGCGGCACAAGUCGGGAGCGCCGAGGGUGGCGGCGACGUGCAGCCCUUCGAGCGUCAGCGGCUUCACGUCGUCGAAAACGCUGACAGCGGGCCUGGUGCUGCACUGGAAAGCCACCACGGGGACCACCGUCGACAUGGAGCUGCACGCCACGUCAUCAGGCGCCUCGGGCGGGUGGUUCGCAGUGGGGUGGUCGACGAGCGGGACAAUGUACCCCGCGGAUUGCGUGAUUGCGCACGCGGCGGGGGCGGACAUCGGCGCGUACACUAUGGCGAGCUACGCCGGCGCCACAACCACGACCGCGUUCUCCCUCGGCUCGCCCACUUACUCUGCUGGCAUUGCCACAUUCUCCCGCACAGUGGGAACAGGAAGCAAGGUGAAGUUCGCCAACGGACCCAUGAAGACCAUCUGGGCCUACUCCGACGGCCAAUCUACCUCUUCCCUCUUCACCCCCACCACCCACCCGUUUCCCCACCGUCCCCUCCGCCCCCCCAACCCCAGAUUUUCCCGCACGGCAGGAACGGGAAGCAAGGUGACAUUCGCCAACGGACCCAUGAAGACCAUCUGGGCCUACUCCGACGGCCCAUCCACCUCCCUCGUCGGCCACGGGGGCAACCGCGGCAGCACCACCAUCGACUUUUCCUGUGAUGGCACCCCCGUUACCACGCCCUCUCCUCCUCCCCCUUCCGCCACCCCCUCCCCCCCGCCUUCCUCCGCCUCCCCGCCCCCCCCUGCCUCCUCCGCCUCCCCUCCGCCCCCCACUGCCACGCCGUCACCCCCGCCCGCGCCGCCGGCUGCGGGAGUGGCGUGCCCCGCGUCGGCUCUGGAAGGGUUUGAUUAUGAAGUGGAGCUUGGCGGGCCUAACAUGCUGCUGCACUGGACCCUCGCUACUAGCACCACCAUCAAAUUCUCCAUAGAAGCACGCGGCAGCACCAUAGCCAAGGAUGGCUGGAUAGCCGUUGGAUGGUCGGGUAGAAAGGGCAAGAUGAAGGGCUCAGAUGCGGUCAUUGGGAACCUGCCUGGCGUGGUGGGGGUGCAUAUGAGUGGCUACAGUAAGAAGCUUGUAACGCAAACGAGUGCGUUCUCUAUCGGGGAUACUGCAGUCUCUACCACGUCUGAAGGCGGCACAACAAUCGCUUUCACUCGCGAGGUGGGCAAGGGAGCAGUACCCAUAAAGCUCAACGCCACCAACUACCUCAUCUAUGCCUUCAGCACCACAGCCUCCAAGACUCUCGCCUUCCACGGCUGGAACCAGGGCGGCCUUGCGGUGGACUUUUCGUGCUUCAAGAAGCCCGCGGCCCUGUGGGGUGGCGGGCCGGAUUACAGCGAUGACUCGGAUUAUGAUAACUCAUUCAACAGUGCACGCGCUGCAAGCAUGGAUGGCGCUGCAGGCACCUCCUCGGCUGACGGUGACGGGGCUGUUGGCACUGGGGUCGGCAUGACAAAUGCUGAUUGGUGGGCGCGGAGGUCAGGCUUAUGGAAAACUGUUAUUGGAGGUUGA